AUUAAACUAUCAUUUUAAUUUUUUAACUAAUCAGUUUUAUUCGAAAACGUUGAUUUAUUAAUCCAAUAAUGAACUUCUACAUUUUCAUCGUGAUUUCUCUAACUAGAAGUCUUUCAAACGCAAUUCUUUUCAAAUUUCAACCUUUGAACGAGGAGAAUUCGGAAGUAUUUAAUGAUCAAGCAAGUACUUAUGUGAAUAAUAUGUUUUAUGAUAAUAAAUAUAAUGAUGGGGGUAUGGUCUUCAACAAAUUUAAAGGCCUAAUGCAAAUUUUUAGAGCGAUGCACGAUUUGGAUGAGAAUCAAAUGAAUUUAUUAUUCAUUAGUGAAGUUGGUAAUAGAGACGAAUUAAUGACAUUGGAUCAGUUUUCAAAACAAAUACUAGUAGUUGCAAAAAUAAUUGAGCGUAAAUUACACACUAUUUAUAGAAAUAAUUUAAAUCGAAGUACAAGAAAGAUGACCAUAUCAGAACUUAUGGCAGCUUUAAAUGAAUUACAAAUGGGUGUCGGAAGAAUUGAUGCAGCUAGAUUAAUAGGUGAUGAACGGGCAAACUCAAGAGAUAUCAGCUUUCCAAAUUUCAGAAACAUGGUCGCGGUAUUAUAUUACAGAGAAGUUGAUGAUGUAUUAAUAGAACUAAGGAAUGCAGAUGGGUUCGAAUUUGUCUUCAGGUCUUGAGGCGAAGAUGAGAAGGUAUUAAUUUUACUAAGAUGUGUUUUUUU